AUGAAAAAUGAGCAGUUGGAAGCUCUUCGAAAAGAAGCAGAGGAACGAAUAGAAAAAGAGAGAAAAACGCAUCCUAAUUUUAACAUCCUAACGGAUCGUGCGCCAACUCCAGAUUUCAGUAUCACUUAUAUUGAAACGUCAUACAACACAGAUGGCGAAUCAGUGAACAAAAGUCACAAAGAAAACGUUAUUAGUGCUACUGAAGCAGAAAAAACUGCAGUUGAUGAUUCUGCAGGCGACCAAGGCAACGGUUUUGGUGAACCGAUGGAGGUCGACAACUCUUCUUAUUUUCGUCAUAUUACACAUCAUCAAAAUGAAGACGUGUGUGGAGCUGUUGACUCAAUUUUGGACAACGACAAAAAUCUGACAUACAUCAUGGGAAAAAAUGGAGAUAAUGUAAACUUACUUUUGCCUGCUAGUGAAGACCGUGUCAGUAGCAGCGAAGAAUGUAAACCCAUAUUACAGUUUAAAUUAGAUGGAACAAUCAUUGUUGAGAAAUUACAUGAAGCUGAGGGUGGUCAAGCUCAAAAUGGAGAGAAGGAUCAGCACGACGUUUCCUUAUUCAGUUGUAAUCAUACUGAUGAAACUGCGAAAAAUACAUCUCCGCAGCCGGAAAUGUUGAAUAAAGUCAUGGAAGUGGCUGAAUAUCAAAUGUUGCAAACUACUAAUUCGAUCAAUGUGCAUCAUGACGAUGGAAUAUCACCACAAUCUGCAAACCAAAAAGUUUUUGCAUGUCCUGCCCCUCUACAAGCAACCUUUGAUUUAUCUCGUAUUGAUAAAGUCGAUUUGUCAACUGGUGCUAAAAGUGAAAUAUCAUCUCCAGUCAAUCAACGAGUUUGCCGGACUUCUCGUCCUGAUCUGCUGAAGCUGAUUGGCAGCGGUAUUACAAAUCUAAAUAUCCCACGUCCAAAUGACCAAACUGUUGUAUCUUUCAAAACACCUAAGCAACAUGUAGAGACAGUAAUGAAGCGCACAGUUGUCAGAAAACAACCUAUAAAUGCUACACCUUUGUUCAAGAAAAAAUCUGUUGCAUCUACAGCUUUACGUGGCACUAGUACUCCAGUUGAAGGAUCUGCUUGUUAUGUUUGUCCACGUUAUAAUGCCCAUCAUGCUGCUUUGGCUAGUCACGCUACGCAAACAGGAUCUGGUACGCCGGUAUCAUUUCACAGCCGGAUUAUGCCUGCGAAUACUCUAACACCGAUACGUCGCCCAUUGGCAAACUCUUCACGUUUUUUCUGUCCGCCAACUGCUGUGAAAGCUUCCACACCUCGGACACCUCUACUAACUAAUGCAUUAACAACAAUUUCACAAUAUGGUACUCCGUCUUCGCUGUCAAAACGAAACGCUUUGGUUGAUUAUGAGUUAACGCCCCAGUCACAUGUGCUUAGCAAAAUACGUACACCACAGCAAAAAUGCAAUGGAGCUAAACCUGAAAACCAAAGCACAAGUUCGGUCACACAGAUACCGAUGUCACGUUUUGCUUUCGAGCACUUGAAAAGUGGUGGAACGCCUCGUCCAACUUCCAAUACAGAAAAGAAAUGGAAGAAAAUUACAGGAGACAGCUCGUUAUCGUCUGUUCCAAAAACACCUGUUGCUAAAGCUGAUAUAAGCCAAAUGCUUGUUGAUAAUGUUAUGAGAAGUGGCCCUGCAUACAGACGUCGACCCCAUCCUUCGAAAUUAUUGUUGCCAAUCGGAAAACUUCAGUUUGAAAAAAGUGCUGAGAAUCCCGAUUUUUCCUCGAAACAUACGAGUCCAAUAACAGAAAUUGCUAAAGAUUCUCCACUCAAUGCUCAAGAGGAAAUGAACACUACCCAGCUGGUUGUUAUUGAUAGUUUUGAUGGUGAUGCAGUGGAAAAAUUAUGUGAAGAUACAGCCAGUUUGAGCAUCGUAAAUGAACAAAACAUAUCAUCGGAGGAACCAAAAUUUAUUUUUGAUACUACUGCCAGCGAAUACCGAAAAAAACAAAAGACACCUGUAUUUGACACAGGAAAUUACUUCGGUCGACGAAGGAUUCUGUCAAUGCUUAACGAUUCAAACGUAUCGGUGAAUACACCAGGAAAAAAGGAGGAUUCAGUUGUCAAACAUGAUUAUGUUUUGAAUCCGUCAUUUAGUGGUGAUUCACGUCAGCCAUCUGAUAUUUCGGCCUCUCCUGUACACAUUAUAGCGGCUAAGGAUGAAAAAAAACAUGCUGCUGUCCUAUGUGCGCGCAAAAUAAUACAUUCCGAAGAAGAGGGCCAAGGUUUACGACGUUCGACACGGAAUCGUGUUGCUCCCAUUCGUCGCUGGUUAGGCGAGAAGCCUGUAUAUCGCCGUGAUCAGCAAGGGACGUACGAACUAGUUCGAGUGGAGGAAGCGAUUGUCAAGGACCCUUUGUUUGUCAAAUACAACACAGUUGAUAUGGCCGAAGUUCUAGAGCGACAAAAACGAGAACAAAAGCAACAUGCCCGUGCUCGUAAACUUCGUAAAUUCGAUCGUGCACGCCGAGGUUAUGCCGAAGAAGACACUAAAACCAGUGAACCAGAUGACAACAGCCUUCACAAUUGA